UCAUAUUAGAGGUACCAAAAUAAAACAAUGGAAGUAAAUUAUUAUAAUGUAUGUCCAGUAGAGGGCGUAUAAUUACUUAAUUUUACAUUGCAUAAAUUAAUAAAUCAGUAAAUGGUCAACAUGGUUUAACUGGAAAACAUGUCAGGGGCAAUAAGAAAAAUGUAUAUGCAUCCAUGUAACUGAGCGCAAUAAUUCACGACAUUUUCUGAAAGCUUUAUGGCGCACUCUAAAAGCGCACCGAGAAUUUCAUCCUGCGCGGUUGCUAAGGAGACAGCGGCAAAACAGACAUGUAAGGAACGGGGAGCUGCAUCAGUGUAACUUCAAGAGGUCCAAAAAUGUCUACAAUCAACAGAAAACUGAUGGAGAGCAUUACUGACAAGAUGAGUAAAUACGUAGAGCGCUUCGACAGAAGUGAGAUUGAGUGUCUAAUACGCGAGUUUUACGCGCUCCUGGGGGAGCAGAGUGCACAUGGGAAGGCUGUCCCGGGACUGGACAGAGGACAAUUCAGAAGUGUGCUGCAUCAUGCAUUUAAUAUUACAGAUGACAUGAUCAUGGACGGGGUUUUCAGAACCUUUGACAAAGACAAUGAUGGAUUUUUAAGCGUGAAAGAGUGGAUUGCUGGCUUGUCUGUUUUUCUCCGUGGGACAUUAGAUGAAAAAAUAAAAUACUGCUUUACAGUCUAUGAUUUAAACAAUGAUGGCUACAUCUCCCGAGAGGAGAUGUUUCAUUUGCUGAAGAACAGUCUCACCAGUCAGCCCAAUGAGGAGGACCCUGAUGAGGGCAUAAAGGACCUGGUGGAAAUCACACUUAAGAAAAUGGAUCAUGACCACGAUGGAAAAUUAUCUUUAAGGGAUUUCAUUACGGCUGUAAAAGAGGAGAACCUAUUACUUGAAGCAUUUGGACCAUGCCUUCCAGAUUUAACUGCAAUUUAUACAUUCGAGGAGCGCAUAUUUAGAGAAGAGGAGGAACAGUGAAGUCAAUUUAUUUGGGAAGCUCAUAUGGUAACAGACAUUUUACAUGUGGAUUUUACACAA